UAAGGUGACUCGGACUCACACAUCAACCCCAGUAAUCAACGUACUACACACCCACCCGUCCAUUUCGCCGGAAAGUGAAAACUCAUCACUACAAUCUCCUCCUCUCUCCUCUCCCACUUUUAUGUAGUAUAUAGCCAUGGGUGGCGCACUACUAGCUCAGAGGGAGAUUGCUAGCUGAUCACAAGGAACCCGUCGUUGCAGCAGCAGCAGCGUAGUGCGCUUGCUUGCACUAGCAGCAGCACAGUGACGACGACGCUAGCUAAGGGCAGAGGAGAGGAGGGUGAUAAAUACAGGCAAUUACUAGCUAGCUGUUUCACUGCAAGGAUUAGAUAGAUCGUAGAGAGUAGCAAGAAGAGAAGAGAAUAGUAGAGGAGAGAGAGAUGAGGCAGUCGAGGUUCAAGAGGAUCUGCGUCUUCUGCGGCAGCAGCCAGGGGAAGAAGAGGAGCUACCAUGACGCCGCCAUUGAGCUCGGCAACGAGCUGGUGGCGAGGAGCAUAGACCUGGUGUACGGCGGCGGCAGCAUCGGCCUCAUGGGGCUCGUCUCUCAGGCGGUCUUCGACGGCGGCCGCCACGUCAUCGGGGUCAUUCCCAAGACUCUCAUGACGCCAGAGAUAAGUGGUGAGACAGUGGGGGAGGUGAGGCCAGUUGCUGAUAUGCACCAAAGGAAGGCAGAGAUGGCAAGGCAGUCUGAUGCCUUCAUAGCCCUACCUGGAGGGUACGGGACUCUGGAGGAGCUGCUCGAGGUGAUUACAUGGGCACAGCUUGGCAUCCAUCAUAAGCCGGUUGGGCUGCUCAACGUCGACGGGUACUACAACUCGCUGCUGACGUUCAUCGACAAGGCGGUGGAGGAAGGGUUCAUCAACACCAGCGCGCGGCGGAUCAUCGUCAUGGCGCCGACGGCGGAGGAGCUGAUGGACAAGCUAGAGGAGUACGUGCCUUACCACGACAGGGUGGCAUCGAAGCUGAACUGGGAGAUGGGCCACCUAGGUUACUGACGUACUCACUUACAGCUGCAGCAAAUUGCCAGACAGCAAUGGCGAUCGAUCGAUCAGAAGACGUAGGAGGAGGAGGAAGAAGAAGAAGAAGAAUCAAGUCGAUCGACUCAUCAUCAAGAAGCUGGGAAAGAUUUGGUUGAUGCAGCUAGAAAGCCAAGAACGAGAGUGUGGCGUGCGUGCGUCCAUUUUGUAUAUGUUUGCUUCGAUCAGGGGCAGCUUGAAUACUGUAGUAACUUGGAUGCUUGAUGUCCUCUUGAUCUUCUACCUAGCUACCGAGAUAAGAACUAGUAGUAGUAGUAGUAGUAGUAGUAGUAGUAGUAGUAGUAGUAGUAGUAGUAGUAGUAGUAGUAUUCCAGUAGCGUAUGUAUGUCAGUAAUUUUCAAGAUAUCCAGAUUCGAUUGACCACAGCAAAGUUGUUUUUGUAUCACCCUCGUAAUGCAAUGUGUGUAACUAAGCGUUGAGAGGCUGA